GCACAUGCUCGGCUGCUUAGGGCUCAAGCCAAGUUCGCAAGCUUCCUGGGGAGCCUAGUGAGAUGAAGGCACUGCAGAGCCUCCCCAAAAGAGGCGUCGGCUUUUCAUGGAUCCUUGAGCCCAGGAAGGCGAUGGGUCAGACAUCACACUUCAUCAGAAGACCCAAGCAAACUCCGGGCUGUCGUUGGGACAGUCCUAGAGGGUGGUGCCAAUGGAUGAAUGGAUGGAUGGACAGUAGUCCAGGGAUGAUGUCCCUGUCUGUCCUGAACUCGGCCCUUCCUCCAAUGAGAAGCCUUCCUGAGAUGGACAUGGUAGAGGACGCGGAUAGUUGGUGGGCACAAGAGCGAGAGGACAUCAUUAUGAAAUAUGAAAAGGGACACCGAGCUCAGCUGCCAGAGGACAAGGGGCCUGUGCCUGUUGGAAUCUACGGCAACAUUGAUCACUUUGGAAUUCUGCAUGAGACGGAGCUGCCUCCUCUGGCUGCACAGGAGGUGAAGAAUCGGCGGGAGAUGAGACGGACGAGCAAGUGGAGGAAAAUGCUGGGAGAAUGGGAGACAUAUAAGCACAGUACAAAACUCAUAGAUCGAGUGUACAAGGGAAUUCCCAUGAACAUCCGGGGCCCGGUGUGGUCAGUCCUCCUGAACAUUCAGGAAAUCAAGUUGAAAAACCCCAGAAAAUACAAGAUCAUGAAAGAGAAGGGCAAGAGGUCAUCUGAACACAUCCACCAGAUCGACCUGGACUUAAGCGGGACCUUGAGGAAGCAUAUCUUCUUCAGGGAUCGAUAUGGAGCCAAGCAGCGGGAACUAUUCUACAUCCUCCUGGCAUAUUCGCAGUAUAACCCGGAGGUGGGCUACUGCAGGGACCUCAGCCACAUCGCUGCCUUGUUCCUCCUUUACCUGCCUGAGGAGGAUGCAUUCUGGGCACUGGUGCAGCUGCUGGCCAGUGAGAGGCACUCUCUGCAGGGAUUUCACAGCCCAAAUGGCGGGACAGUCCAGGGGCUCCAAGACCAACAGGAGCAUGUGGUACCCACGUCACGACCCAAGACCAUGUGGCAUCAGGACAAGGAAGAUCUAUGUGGGCAGUGUUCCUCGUUAGGCUGCCUUAUCCGGAUAUUGAUUGACGAGAUCUCUCUCGGGCUCACCCUGCGCCUGUGGGACGUCUAUAUGCUGGAAGGAGAACAGGUGUUGAUGCCGAUGACAAGCAUUGCCUUUAAGGUUCAGCAGAAGCGCCUCAUGAAGACAUCCAGGUGUGGCCUGUGGGCACGUUUUUGGAACCUGUUCGUUUACACCUGGGCCAGGGAUGAUGACACUGUGCUCAAGCAUCUUAGGGCCUCUAUGAAGAAACUAACAAGAAAGCAGGAGGACCUGCCACCCCCAGCCAAACCCGAGCAAGGGUCCUCGGCAUCCAGGCCUGUGCCGGCUUCACGUGGCGGGAAGACCCUCUGCAAGGGGGACAGGCAGGCCCCUCUAGGCCCACCAGCCCGGUUCCAGCAGCCCAUUUGGUCAGCUUCCCCGCCAUGGGCACCUCGUUCUUCCACACCCUGUCCUGCUGGGGCUGUCCGUGAAGACAACUACCCUGUGGGCACUCGGGGUGUACCCAGCCAGGCCCUGGCUCAGGGAGGACCUCAGGGUUCCUGGAGAUUCCUGCAGUGGAACUCUAUGCCCCGCCUCCCAACGGACCUGGAUGUAGGGGGCCCUUGGUUCCCCCAUUAUGAUUUCGAACAGAGCUGCUGGGUCCGUGCCAUAUCCCAGGAGGACCAGCUGGCCACCUGCUGGCAGGCUGAACACCCUGCGGAGGGGGUGAGAUUGGCUUUCAGUGCACCCAGCACUGAAUCCAACCAGGGCACCCCCUUCAGAGCGAGGGACGAGCAGCAGUGCGCUCCCACCUCAGGGCCUUGCCUCUGCUGCCUCCACUUGGAAAGUUCUCAGUUCCCUCCAGGUUUCUAGAAGCAUCUGGGCCAGGGCUCAUGGCUGGAUAAUUUCCCAAGGCUUAACAACCCAAGCAAGCUUCCCAUUCUCGUUUUAUUUUUUGUUAAACUUAUGAAAAUUUAUUAAGAAAGUGUGCAGUUCGAGAGACAUUCAGAGAUGGAACACACCAGCCCCAAGAUCACAAAGCCAACCAUGCCCAGCCCCUCCCAGUACCCCCAGACCCACGACCAGCGUUCUGAAUUCUGAUGACACCGCGAGCCUGCCUUUGUACUUUAAACUCAUGGAAGGAUAACCACCUUCAUAUUUUAAAAUAAAUGUUUCCUGUUGAAUGA